AGAGUUCAUUUAUUUGCCUUGGGUACCGCGGUUCCAAAGGACACUCAGUCGUGAAUGACGUAUGAUACUCCUGAUGGAUCAUUCCUCUUUUUUUGAGAAACGAUGGCAAUGAUGUCGGCGUCUCUUGCUGCCUCUCUUCAUUCCUGAGUCAUUUGGAUCAUCGUACCGCAGCUUCUACCAUCAACGCAACGCACUGCGUAGAAUCACUUCUCUCGAUAAUCAACAGUGUCACCACCAUGAAUCUCUUCCUCAAGCUCUUUCUGGUCUCCCUUUCGUUGACCCAACCAUGUGAGGCGUGGGCUCCAUCCUCGGUGGAAUCAAGCUCUGCCUCCAGUGCAGGGACAAAGGAUGGUCUUUCACGUCGCAACUUUAUGGCCACUUCGGUGGCUGGAGCUGUCUUGGCGGGCACUUCCCUGACGGUUCAACCAGCGCCGGCAGCUGCUGCCACCACUGGCCUCGACCUCGUCCAGCCCAAUACUCUCAACGGCAAGGUGGUUGUCAUUACUGGAGCCAGCACUGGAUUGGGGCUGGAAUCAGCCAAGGCAUUGGCCAAGGGUGGCGCCACUGUGGUGUUGACUGCUCGAAGCGAAAAGAAGGGUGCAACUGCCACGGAUGUUGUCAAGCAGUAUCUCCAAGCAGAGGGCGUGCAAAACGACAAGUUAUACACAGUGCUACUGGAUUUGGACGAUUUGGCAAAUGUCAAGUCCUUUCCUGCUCGCUUUGAAAAGACACUGGGAGAAGGAACCAAAAUUGAUGUCCUCAUGAACAAUGCUGGUGUCAUGGCCAUUCCCGAUCGCCAGAUCACCAAGGACGGUUACGAACGGACGUUCCAAUCGAACCAUCUCGGGCACUUUGCCCUCACAGCCAAACUCACUCCUUACCUCAAGAGCGAUGCUCGUAUCAUUAAUGUCUCCUCACUCGCCUAUCAAAUGGCAGGCAAGGGACUCGAUUUGGAUAAUCUCAACGGUGAAAAGGAAUACAGCCAAUGGGGAUCCUACGGGCAAUCCAAACUGGAAAACAUUCUCUUCACACAAGAACUACAACGACGAGCCGAUGCCGAGGGCAUUCCCUUGACAGCUACCAGUUUGCAUCCGGGAGCUGUCAACACGGACCUGGCCCGUAACAUGAUGGGCGGCGAGAAAGUAUGGUACGAGAAGAAAGAAAGAGGACCUACCAAUGCCAUGGAGAAUAUCUUGCAAGCUACAAUCAACAAGACCCUCCUGACGCCGGAACAGGGUGCCGCGACACAGGUUUACUUGGCGGCAACCAACGAUGCGGAAGAGAAGGGAAAAUUCUACUCAGAUCUAAAACCACAAAAGCUGCCAGCCUUUGCCACGGAUGAACAGAUGGCCAAGGCUCUCUGGGAGCAAAGUGAACAACUAUCAGGAGUCAAGUUUUCACUGAAAGGCAAUUAAAAAUUAUUAGUUUAGAACUAGUGCAUCUACACCUGGUUGGAUGGCACUUGUCAAAUUGGAAACCAUUGAUACAUGUAGUUUAGAAAUCAGGAAGAGAGCGUUGCACGA